UUCAUUUUUCAGACGUUUCAGAAGAACACUGUGAAACAAGCCGCUUGAAUAAAAUUCAACGCUUGGUUGAUAAAUUGGUUGCUGCUUCUCAAGCAGUUUACGAGCCAGGUCCUCAUAUCAUUUUAGAUGAGAGUAUGAUCCCUUAAAGAGAUAUGCUAAAAUUUCGCCAGUACUUAACAGGAAAAGCUCAUAAGUAUGGGAUAAAGUUGUACAAGCUAUGCACUCCAGAGGCGUACACGUUGAAUGUCAUUGUUCAUUCGGGAAAUACUGCACCGAGAUAUGGCCUUAGUUCAACCGAGUCGUUGAUCGUGGCAAUAUGUGAACAAAUUCUCAACAAAGGAAGUACCUUCUAUGCUGAUAAUUAUUAUUCAUCUGUUCCACUGGCUGAAUGGUUAUUGAAAAAGAAGACGUACUUCUGUGGAACAAUAAAAAACAGAAAACAUUUGGCAAACGAAGUAACAAGAGCUAAACUGAAGGAAGGAGAGAUGAAAGCGGCAGAAAACAAUAACGGAGUAAAAUUAUACAAUUGGAGGGAUAAAAGAAACGUUGUCACUAUUUCAACAGUUCCAGAGCAUGGACAAGAGCUUAUCGCAACUGUAAAAAGAAACCGGAAUGGCGAUGCCGUUUUUAAACCUCCAAGUGUUUUAGCAUAUAAAAAGGCUAAGAAAGGUGUGGACGUGUCAGACCACAUUAGCUCAUAUUACACUGUUCUUAUAAAGUCGAAGAAGUGGUACCGCAAAAUAGCAUUUGAACUGAUUGGCUGCACAGCAGUUGUAAAUGCCCACGUGCUCUACAAGAAAUAUUGUGAUGGAAGCAAGAUGAGUCUACGAAAAUUUACAGAAUCUAUAAUUCUUUCCAUUUCAAGUGGAAAGCCCACUGAAGAAGUAAGAUGCGGAAAACGCAAUGCCAAUAUAAACGUAUCUCUAUCUGAAAAUCAUAUGCUGGCUGAAGCUGAGGGACCCAAACAAAAAUCACGCAAGCGAUGCAGAGGAUGCUACGAAAAGAUAUCAAACAAUGAAGGAUUUAAAGUGGCUGCCAAUAAAGCUCGAAGGGUUAGCACUUAUUGUACUGUUUGUGACGGUAACCCAUUUUUUUGCUUGCCAUGUUUCAAUGAAAAACAUUCAGCCUAGGUAGUUUUGAACUCGGUAUAGGAAUUAGCGAUGUUGACUGCUGUUAGAAUUAUUAGUUACUUAUCGUUUGUUCA